CAAAUGAUUGUUGAUUACCGUAAACAUGCUGGGGUUCCCGAAGAAAAUCCUUAUGUAUUUGGCAUAAAUACAGUGGACAAAAGAAGACAUGCAUAUUUUAGAGCAUGUGUAUUAAUGAGAAAGUAUUCUGCAGCCUCUGGAGCGAAAAUACCAACUUCAUUACGUGGUACAAUAUUGAGAAAACAUAUUGCUACAAAAUGUAUCACAUUAGAUAUAUCUGAAAAUCAAAUUAAUGAUCUAGCGGAUUUCAUGGGUCACCAUGAAAAAGUGCAUAAAUCGCACUACAGACAAUCUGUAGUCACGCGAGAUUUAGCCAUAGCACGAUUGCUAAAAUAUGCUCAAGGAGAAAAUGCAACUGAUGAAAGUGAUGAUGAAGAUGAUGAGGACGACGGAAAUGUAAUCGAUUUUGAUAAUGAAAAUGAUACAGCUACACACUCAAAUAUUUCCGAAACUGCAUCAACACCAAGAAACGCUCAUCCAUACUCUACUAGACAAAUGCGUAGUAAAGAAUGUGAAAUAAUGAAUCCCGAAAAAGAAACAGUUUACGAUAAGGAGAAUAUGAUUAACUUAGACAAUGAAGAUAACCUAAACAGAAAUUUAAAUACUUCGAAUAUACCUAUACCAAGAAAGAGAAAACAAACUAAAGGGAUGGCUAACAAUAAAGAUGAUAUAGAUAGUAAUAUGGAAAUAAAAAAAAGAAAAUAUCUCCCUUCGGUUCUAAAAGGAGAACAACUAGUAGAUCAGAUGGACUGA